UGUCCUUCAUUCUUUUUUUCAACAUAGAUUGAUUUUCUAAAUUGUGUGUUUUGGGAUAAUGAUUUGAACAAUAAAAAUUAAUUUAUAAUGAUGGAACAAUCAACAAUAACCGAACAUGAUUGUAAUGUUCUUGGUGGCCUUUUUCAAAUCAUUAUCAAUGAUUUAAAGAAUGGAUCCUCAACAUGGGAUGAUUUUAUUUUGAAAGCGACCAAAUUUCAUACUCAUCUUAAAUCAACGAUAUCUGCAUCGACAGCAUUUUUAGAUUCAUUUCAAAAGAUAGCUGAUAUGGCAACAACAACUCGUGGUGGUACUAAAGAAAUCGGUACUGCUUUAACACGAUUAUGUCUUCGACAACGAUCAGUUGAAGCAAAAUUAAAAUCUUUCAGUAGCUCUUUUCUGGAUUGUUUAAUCAUACCGUUACAAGAACGAGUUGAAGAAUGGAAAAAAACAACCAUAGCAUUGGAUAAAGAGCGUACAAAAGAAUUAAAACGUCUUCGACAAGAAUUCAAAAAACGUCAUUAUUGUGAUUCACUUAGUACAUCUGGCAGUAUUCGUGGAAAUAAAAAACAUUCUUCACGUUCAUUUAGCAAAAGUAAAUUUGAUUUUUUCGAUUCAUUAAAUAGUAAAGGAAUUUAUGGUACGAUCGGUGGUGGUCAUCAUCAUAAAUCAACAUCUUCAUUGACACGAUCAUUGGAUUCCGAAAUGGAAUGUAAUGAACGUUUACUAAUGCUUGAAGAUUUGGAAAAAAAGGCCGUACGUCGUGCAUUGAUUGAAGAACGUAGUCAUUUCUGUUUGCUAGUCAAAUUUUUAGGGCCAAUAAUCGAAGAAGAAAUAUCUAUGAUUAGUGAAAUAUCACAUAUACAAGAAAUAAUGGAUUCAUUACAGAAAUUAACUGUCGAUCCAUUUGAUUUACCCAUAUCAAGUGAAACAGUUAUUUCAAAUCUUAAAUUAAAUAAAAAUGAUACUAGUCUUACUUCCUGGAAUCUUCACACACCUCCUAGUUCACCAAGUUCAUUAGGAUCUAGAAAAUCAAGCAUGUGUUCAAUUUCAAGUUAUAAUUCUUCAUCAAGUAAUUCAGUCUCAAACUAUAUUCACCAUCAGCAUCACCAAACACCGAAUCAUCAAACCCAUAACAAAUAUUUUUCGACAACAGAUCCGCUUACAUCAACUGUAUAUGGAUCAAAUGUUUCAUAUUCGGAUAAUAAUUUGAAAAAAAUUGGUGAUAACGAUGAUCUACAAUUUCAGAUCGAUACCAUAUCAUCUAGCAAUAAUUUGGAAAAGAAUACAAUAAAAAUUACAUCGACAAAUCCAUUUUUAAGUUCAUAUAAUCAAAUCCAAAACAAAACAGAUGAUCAAGAAUCAUUUUAUGAUAAAAAUCCUACAUCAUCCAUAUCAUCAAAUCAAACAUAUUUAUUACCCAGUCAUGAAUCCGAUGGUUCAAUAACGCCUACCAAUACUGAUCUACAAAAAAGUCUUAUGUUUACCACUAGUGAUCAUUCACAAAAUUCUACUAUGAUAAAUUCAAUUUAUAAAAGUGAAGAAAAAAUUUAUCAAAAAUCAAAUAAACCACCGCCUGCACCACCAGUACGUCGAACAUCAUCAUUAUCAAAUCCUAAUGCAAUUACAUUAGGAACGUUAAAAAAUAACAACUUUAAUAAUAAUAAUAAUAAUGACAAUAGCAAUAAAAAUCAUGAUGAUGCUAUGGCAUUAGACGUUGCAAAAAAUUCUUCACUUUAUGAUGAGAUCAAUGUACUGACCAAAUCAAUGAAUGAUAUUAAUUUCACCCUGAAAAAUACCGAUUUUACUAAUAUAAGCUCAUGUAGCGUAGCCAAACAAUCCGAUAAAACAUUGAUCGAAGAUAAAAACUAUCAAUCAAAACAACAACAACAAUCAAAUCCUUAUAGUGAACGAGAUAAAAAUGAUUACAAAAUUGUCAAGAAAAUAUUUGAAAGCUAUAAUCAACAACAAUCAUCAUCAAAUAUAUUCAAAUCAAUCGAUUCUGAUGAUGGUUCACAGUUACCAUUACCUGCACCACCACCCGAAGCAUUCAUAGCUGAAUCUACUAUUGCAACAACAAUGGCUACACCUUCAAUAUCAUCGCAGAAUACAUCCUCAAAUAACAAUAAUAAUAAUCACUAUCAAUCUCAAUCACAUCAUCAUUAUAAUAAAAUUUCAAACGUAAAUCGUGAAUUCUUGGAAACAUUGAAUACAAAAUUGAGCCAAUCACCGUUAGUAUAUCAGAACAAUGCCAAAAUUUCCAAACGAAGAAAUUCAUCAAAUCGAUCGAUUCCGGAUGAUAAUAUUACCUCCGGCUAUUCAGGAAAACAUCGUCAUUCGCAUCGUAGUCAAUCAGCUUCUCGAUCUUCUAGCCGAAAGAAUUCAAUCGAAAAAAAUAAUGGCUUUACCGUAUCCAGUAGUCUGAAUAAUGAAAGUUUUGUUGACAAACUUACUCAAACAUUAUUACAUAAACAACAUCAACAACAACAACAUAAUGUAGCAGUAACCAUGAAUGAGAUAGCAAAAGCAGCUGCUUCAAGUGCAUUACAACGAAAACAAUCCGUACCGGAAUUGAAUUCCGUUGAACAAUACAAUCCAUCAUUUAAGAAUCAAAAUCGAGUUACAUUUUCAAGCUCAUUGAAUUUAUCUACUAGCGGUAAUUCUGGUGGCAAUAACAAUAAUCAAGCGUUCCAAGUAGUCGAAAUACAAACCAAUUCAACUCAACAACCAAUCUAUGCUAGCCGAACACAAAUGCAACGAGAGAUUCAUAACUUAUAUGGAACACUUGGUCAACAACAUUCGGAAAUUUAUAACGAUAAUAAUAGUGGCAAUGGUCAUCAACGAUCAUCUUCUUAUUAUCAUCAGCAAAAUGGUUUUUUCAAUAAAUUAUAAUAUUAACCAAAAAAAAAAUCUGCUAACCUUGGAAUCUAUCCAUUUUAUAGGUACACUCAAAUGAUAUCAUGCAGGAAAAAAAAUUUGCCUAACUAUCAUAAUCAGAUUUGUAUCUACAUCAGCG